AUGCAGGUGCUCCAGGAGUCCCUGGGGCUCCAGUACCUUCAGGACUUCGUAGUUGCCGGCUUUACGGCUCGGGAAGAGGGCCAGAGCACAGGAAAGGCGGAGGGGGGCCGCCUAGGUGUCCCGCCACGCGGCCACCAGGUCGCCGCCCUCUGCGCCGAGACAGCAGCGGGACCAAGCUCUUGGCGCCGCCCCGCGCCCUUCGCAGCAUCCCGGGCGGUGCCCCCACCUCCGCGCCCGGCACGGAACGGGUGCGGGGCUGGGCCAGGGCCGGCCCGGGGGAGCCGGCGGGGCGGGGCCGCCGCGCCCGCCCCCCUCCCUCCGCCGCCCGCCGCCCGCCGCCUUCUCCUCCUCACGCCGCUCGGGCUCAGAGCGGCGGCAGCAGCGGCCGCGGCAACACCUCCGGCUGCGGCUCGGCUCCUCCCGCCCGCUCCCUGGCCCCGCUCGGCCCCGCGCGCCCGGGCCCCGCGCCCCGACCCCGCCGCCUCGCCUGCCGGGGGCCUCGGGCGCCCCGCCGCCCGCCUCACGCUGAAGUUCCUGGCCGUGCUGCUGGCCGCGGGCAUGCUGGCGUUCCUCGGUGCCGUCAUCUGCAUCAUCGCCAGCGUGCCCCUGGCGGCCAGCCCGGCGCGGGCGCUGCCCGGCGGCGCCGACAACGCCUCGGCCGCCUCGGGCGCCGCCGCGUCCCCGGGCCCGCAGCGCAGCCUGAGCGCCCUGCACCGCGCGGGCAGCUCGGCCGGGCCCCCCGCGCUGCCUGGGGCGCCGGCGGCCAGCGCGCACCCGCUGCCGCCGGUGCCACUCUUCAGCCGCUUCCUGUGCACGCCGCUGGCGGCCGCCUGCCCGUCGGGGGCCGAGCAGGGGGACGCGGCGCCCAGCGAGCGCGACGAGCUGCUGCUGCUGCAGAGCACGGCCGAGCAGCUGCGCCAGACGGCGCUGCAGCAGGAGGCGCGCAUCCGCGCCGACCAGGACACCAUCCGCGAGCUCACCGGCAAGCUGGGCCGCUGCGAGAGCGGCCUGCCGCGCGGCCUCCAGGACGCCGGGCCCCGCCGCGACGCCAUGGCCGACGGGCCUGGGGACUCGCCCGCGCUCAUCCUGGAGCUGGAGGACGCGGUGCGCACCCUCCGGGACCGCAUCGACCGCAUCGAGCAGGAGCUCCCAGCCCGUGUGAACUUCUCAGCUGCCCCGGCCCCUGCUCCUGCGGUGCCCACCACCCUGCAUUCCAAGAUGGACGAGCUGGAGGGGCAGCUGCUGGCCAAGGUGCUGGCACUGGAGAAGGAGCGUGUGGCCCUCAGUCACAGCAGCUACCAGCAGCGGCAGGAGGUGGAGAAGGAGCUGGACGCCUUGCAGGACCGCAUAGCUGAACUGGAGCAUGGGUCCUCGGCCUACAGCCCCCCAGAUGCCUUCAAGAUCAGCAUCCCCAUCCGCAACAACUACAUGUAUGCCCGCGUACGGAAGGCGCUGCCCGAGCUCUACGCCUUCACUGUCUGCUUGUGGCUGCGGUCCCGGUCGGGCAGCACUGGCCAGGGCACCCCCUUCUCCUACUCUGUGCCUGGGCAGGCCAAUGAGAUGGUGCUACUGGAGGCAGGCCACGACCCCAUGGAGCUGCUGAUCAAUGACAAGGUGGCCCAGCUACCUCUGAGCCUAAAGGACCAUGCCUGGCACCACAUCUGCAUCGCUUGGACCACAAGGGACGGCCUGUGGUCUGCCUACCAGGAUGGGACGCUGCGGGGCUCCGGCGAAAACCUGGCCGCCUGGCACCCCAUCAAGCCUCAUGGGAUCCUCAUCCUGGGCCAGGAGCAGGAUACCCUGGGUGGCCGGUUCGAUGCCACCCAAGCCUUCGUGGGCGACAUUGCCCAGUUUAACCUGUGGGACCACGCUCUGACACCUGCCCAGGUCCUGAGCAUUGCCAACUGCACUGGGCCGCUGCUGGGCAACGUCCUUCCCUGGGAAGACAAGCUGGUGGAGGCCUUUGGGGGUGCGACAAAGGCUACCUUUGAUGUCUGUAAGGGGAAGACCAAGGCGUGAGGAGCCUCUCCUCCAGGGCCCCUCCCUUGCCUGCCACCCUGGGGACCUUAUCGGGAGGGGCUCCACAUUCCCUCCUCAGCCGACCCACAUGCUGGCCUCCUUCCUGCCCCACUCCUGGCUAACCCCCCCCACCUAUACCCGCACCUCCAGAACAUUGUCCUCUGACCGCACUUGGAAGGGGACAAGGAGCUCAAGUAACAGGUCAAGCCUGGGGUGAGUCCAGGGUCUGGUGGCGGGUAGGUAGCAGUACCCACAGCUUUGACCACCCUGCUGGCAUUACGUUGGAGCCGUCUCUCUUCCCAACCCCGCCCUGUCCCACCAACCAUGUCUGAUUCUACUAAUCUCAAUGGCAUCUCCCACGGAGUUGUGUGUUUGGGGAAAGGCCCACUGUCUCAGUGGCAGGGGUGGUGCCUGUGCCCCACUGCCGUGUAGCAGGCCUGGCCCCUGCCCAUUCCGGGCCGCAGCAGGCUGUAGAGCCAGCCCCUGGGCUGGGGAGGGGGUAACAGAUGGAGGUGGCACAGACUCCCUCCUCCAUCUUUCCACCAGCUGCCGGGGAGGGCAGUGGGAACCUGUUGGGGCCUCUCCCAGCCGCCACGCUGUCCCCCCCAGCCCACACCCUCUCUGUCCCUCCUCUUUCCUCAUUUCUUUGUGUACAAUGGUUUGAAUGUUGGCUCCAUGCCUGGCCCAACCCCACCUCAGUUCCCAGGACAGUCCCUUCCCGGCUCCAGCUUAGAGGGUUAGGAAUCAAGACCCUGGGAGGCUAAAGGGCUGUGUCACCUCUUGUGCCCACCCACAGCUGUGCCCACUGGCAUGGUCACCUCUCCUCCUUCAUGCCCAGGGUAGGCACAUUACCUAUCCCCUGUGCAUGGCCCUGCAGCCUCUGAGGAAGGGAGAGACUGAGAGGGCAGGGAGAAGUGUGGAGCAGUGUACAGAGCACUGGGUGAGGAGGAGGAGCCCUCGGGUCCUGGCCAGCCCUGCUUCUAAGCUGCUCUGUGGCCUUCGGUAAGUCCCUGCCCUCUCUGGGCUGGCCUUCCCCAUUUAUGAGGGGAAGCUCUUGUUUUGGUCAUUUCUGAGAGCUCUCCAGAUCUAACUUAAGAUGGUCUGUGAUCCCCAGUGGAUAGGGUGGGGCAAGCCUGAGAACCGGCCAGUUGACCAAGGGGCAUGGGUCCUGGGACUGGACAGCAGUUGGGAUCUGUCUUGGCAUAGGUGAAGGGCGAGGGCAAGGGGCAAGGGCAAGGGUCAAGGCAGAUCAACCUUAUGCACAGAUUAUAAAAAUCAGCUCUUCUAGAUCCCUUCAUCCUGGUACCCUUGCCUGUCUGAAGGUGUCUCAAAGGGCUGGUAGCUUCCUGGUCACUACUCUUGAGUCCUCACCAGCUUCCCCAAGAGAGUGCAAGAAUGUCAGAGCCUAGAAAAGCCACCCAGUCCGACCCCUUGCUUACACAGAUGGGGAAGAGCUCAGAGAGGGCAAGUGACUUGCACAGGGUCACAUGGCAUAAUGAGUCAGAGUCUGGACUAGAACCCGGGGCUUCCGACUUCCUCUUUAGUGCUCUUCCCCAGCUUCCUCCCAGCUUCCUCCCACUUCCCCACCACCCCACCCACCCUACUGUCUGGUCAUGAAGGUCUUAAGUCCAACCUAUACCUAAGAGGAUGGAUAUUUGAGAGGUCACAGUGCUUUCCAGCAUGACCACCGGAACAUCUUCCUUUAUGAAACAUGCAAACAUCUUGGCAUCCCCUGACCCCCUGGGGUUGGGGGAGAAGUGUGAGCCCCAGUCCCUCUGGCAGGGAUGGAGAACUAAGAAUGCGGGCAUCCCCCAUCCCCCCGCCAGUCACCUACAAGGUGUCCAGGCAGCUGAGGCUACCUGACUCGAGUGGGUACUGGUGCCUUUUGCCUCCCUUUUUACUCCCUCUCCCCACCCACUGUGGCCCCUUCACCCUGCACAUGGCUCAGAGCUGCAGUCUGUGGGCCCCAUGCCGUGGGGUGUCUCCAAGACUUGCCUCUGGCUCCCAGAUCUCUGUCUCCAUUUCGAGAGCACAAAUAGACCAUUCAGCACCUCAGGCUCAACUCUCCCUAGAAGGAGUGAUGGCGUGUUUCAGCCCGAACCUGCUGAGAUCAAGGUUGCCCUGGUAACAGCCAAUGACAUCAGCCCAAGUGCUGGGUCAAAGCGUCUCAUAAUGACAUAGGCUGUUGCUGGGGUGACGGCAGAAUUCGGAACUUAGAUUUCGGGGACACUGGGCUUAAUUGGGUUUCUGCUAUUGUUUUGAAGGAAGCAGGUUUUAUGGAGGCCUUGAGGAAAAGAAAGUGUCUCAGGAGGGAGGUGACAGAACCUGUCUGAUCACUGGAGCCCACCCAGGCACCACUCCAAGUCCUUUAUGCUUUGUCAUGGUAAUGAUGAGACCUCUGACCUCCCAGCCUGGUUCCUGUGCUGAGUCACCCUGGACAGCCCUCCAGAGGAAACAGGCACAAACUAGAGAUGUUGGGGUGUAGGCUCGGAGUCUGGGCCAUUUCCAUUCCAGGAAGAUGAAACCCCCAAGUCCCCACCCCUCCUCCAUCCAUUGAUCUUCCUUGUAUGUUUGCUGAAUACCUGCCAUUUGGACUCCAGCUUUGACCUUCCUCGGCUGCUCCCGGGCACAGCCAGUGAGAGCAGAAGGGGAGCUGCUCCUGCUGAUAAUAUGCUGGAGCCUGUGUGUGUUUCAUCCUUUUUAAGUGUCAGGCACUGUGCUGGGCAUCUUAUGAGCAUCAGUCAUCUCGUUUAUCCUCACAACAAAGUUAUAAGCUAGGAUAAUCCUUAGUCCCAUUAUAAAAGUGAGGAAACCAGCACAGAGAGGUUAAGUAAACUGCCCAAUGUCUGUCAGCCAGCAAGUGACAGAGCCCAGAGUUCAAAUCAACACGUUAUAUCCUGAGCCUGCCCCUCACUCUCUGUGGAGUGCGAUUUGAGCAUCUUUGCUCCUGGAGGAUUUGGGCUUGAAGGGAUGCGCCUGACCCCAUUCACCACCUUCAUGGGGUUUGAGGUGGGGAAGCAGAGGCAUAGGACAGGCCAGCCCCAGGGCCAGGGUCCCCUUGGGUGAGGGAGCGGGAGGGGCCUCAGCCCCUCAGGGACCGCGUCCCUUUACCUGUGCUCACCGCCUCAGCCCCUCUAACCGGCUGGAGUUCCCAGAGAGGGGAGAGGGAGCCCCAGGAGGGACAAGGGAGGGACACUGACGUUUCUCAGACUCCUGCUUUGGGCCAAACCCUGCUCCAGGUGCGUCGCAGCUCUUACCUGCCAGGUCCUCCCACCUCUGUGGCAUGCUGUGCUCCAGUCAGCAUCCCAAGGGCACAGAUCACUCUGCCACAACUGUGAUGACCUAGAACCACAGAUUUGGGCAGGAAGGGCUCUUGGGGGGCGCUGAAGCCCUCGAUUUACAGAUGAGGAUACCGGGGCCAUGGAGGGUGGUCAGCCCAUAGGGCCACCCAGCCGGGCGACCUGUACCCAGCUCUCAGACUCUGUGUCCAGUGCUCUCCAAGAUGCAGUGGCCUCUCCCCUCAGAACUGGGUCCCUCCUCUCCUACAUUUCCCAGCACCCUCGCUCCCUCCCAGAGAGGUCAUUCUCAUUACCCACUUUGUCUGAGCUGCCUGCCACCCAACCCCCCCUCCCCGCUCCCCCUGACCCUGCUGGGUGGGGAAGGGGCUCACAUGGGCCCAGGCUGACGAGUGAGUGAGCAUGUUCAGGCUCUCGGACACUGUGAAAUUAGUGCACCCUACUGGCAAACCCCCUUCCUUCUCCUUGCCCAAUUUUGUACAUAAAGUGACGUGAGAUGCAACAUGUGCGUAUGUGUGUGUGUGUGCGCGUGUGAUAUAUGUCAUAGUUUUUGUUACUUUUCUGUUUUUGUAAAUUUGAAUGUUCAAAAUAAACGAUGUUUACUCUGA